GUGCCCCGCGCUAUGAAGAAUCGACGUAAUAUCGACGGGGACUCUCCAAAGAGCAUGCACCAUGGAAGAAAUUGACGAAACAUUGCGGGAAACGUGUCCCAUAUGUUUGAAAAAUGAAGCAAAAUACACUUGUCCACGCUGUAAUGUGCGAUACUGUUCUGUGCUGUGUUACAAGGGAGAGAAACAUAUGGAGUGUUCUGAGUCCUUCUACAAAGACUGCUUCAUUGAUGGUCUGAAGGAUCGCUCAUGUGGACCUGAAGAGAAAACAAAAAUCAUGGAAAUGUUAUCUAGAGUGGAAAAAGAAACUGAGGAAUUGGAUGUGGAUGGAGAUGAAGAGCCAGAUCUCGGUGAAAGACUUGAAGGCCUGGAUUUAGAUGGUGAUGCCGGAGCUAUCUGGAAGCGAUUGACAGAAAAGGAAAGGAACGAGUUUGACCAGAUGACCAAGGAUGGACGUCUGGGUCACUUGGUGGAAGUGUGGACCCCGUGGUGGACACCCCAGGCUAAACAGCUGAUCCAGGACGAGGAUGACCACACGGUCCAGUCACAGAAGUUCCCUAAGGUCAAGGUCGACAUCGUAGAUCUGGCAGUGUUGCUUCCUAAGUCCAAGCCAUCCAGUGGGGUGAAGUACAAUGUGGUGGGAGCGCUGUAUGCCUACUGUUUUGUGUGUCGGCUUCACAACGGAGGUCACUGGGAUACACCUGUGGAAUCAGCACAGGAAUUGUUGAUCGUGAGUGAUGCAACUAACAAGGAAAUUGUGUACAAUAGUCCAGGGGAGGUAAUCCAGUCUUGUAUACAGCGUGUCACUAAGAGUACCUUUGGAAGAGAAACAUCAACAGGUUUUAAUAUUUCAUUACUUGAGGAUAUUAUCAGCAUCAUAAGGGGCCCUUCCCAAGAAAGGCCUCUCGAGUACCUGACAAUGGCUUUGUCAGAAUUCCUACAUAUUAUACGGAAAGCCAAAAAACGUGUAUCAAAGGGUUUGAAAAUGGGCAAGUACAAGGGAGAUAACUCUAUGAAGAAAGAUUUAUUUGCAUGCGAGAAGAAGGUGGAUUUUUACCUGAGCUGGUUACAGAGACUGGGGAUGGCACUACACACACUGGUACCAGAACUAGUCCUGGAACACAGUGCCGCCGAGUCAGAUUUGGACGACGUGGAGAAGAAGCGCUUGGAGUUGGAGGGAUUCUGGGGUGGAAAACAAAAACCGCAGCAGAGGAAAAUGAUUGAAGAGAUCACGUAGCCAUAAACAAACACUGGAAACUGGAACAAGAAAGUGUCAAACAGAAACUAUUGAUAACGUUCCUUACAAAGUUUUUCUGUGAAACUGAUAUAAGAUAUAUGUAAUAGGUCAAAUGACUGGAAAAUGUGUUAACCUGUUCCAAUACUAUACAACUUUAACUUUUUAAAAAGCCUACCCAGUACCUACAUUGAAAUUAUAUCCUUUAUAAAAUAUAAUGUAGAACAAAUAAUUAAAGGACAGGGCAAUCAAAUAUAGGUAGUGAUCGGUCGAUGAACCAGUGGAGGAAUCCGAGGUGGAUACCAAAGUAUUCUAGAAGAACUCCACCAAAGGGAGGUAACCACAAGUAGACAGCAUCAACACCUCGGAUUCUGUUAAGUUGGUUAUUAUUUUGUUUACAUGGUUCAACUUGGUAGGCAAGCCGUUUUCAGAAUAUUUUUUUAUUCUUUAUAAAAAAUAAAAUGUCUCGGAUGUU